AACUUCCCAACUCCCAAGCCGUCUCCUCUCCUCUCUCUCCCCAUUCCGGCAACCCCAAUUCCCCCCCAAACCCUAGCCCCGGCCGGCCGCCGCGAUGGCCACCGUGGCCUCCGCGCCGUGCGUGCCGUUCCUGUCCCUGCCUCCUCCGCCAUUCGUCUUGGUGCCUCCCCGCCGCGGCCACGUCGGCCUCCGCUUUCCCCCGCCAAGGAGCAGCGGCAACCCUCGCGGCGGCGGUGGAGGAGAUGGGGGAGGCGCCGGGGGAGAUGAUUCCACCACCACCACUCCGUGGGUGAGCCCUGACUGGCUCACGACGCUCUCCCGCUCGGUGGCCACCCGCCUCGGCCGCGGGGACGACUCGGGGAUCCCCAUCGCGUCCGCCAAGCUCGACGACGUGCGGGACCUCCUCGGGGGAGCGCUCUUCCUCCCUCUCUUCAAGUGGUUCCGCGAGGAAGGCCCCGUCUACCGCCUCGCCGCGGGGUCGCGCGAUUUCGUCAUCGUCAGCGACCCCGCCGUCGCAAGGCACGUGCUGCGUGGGUACGGCUCGCGGUACGAGAAGGGGCUCGUCGCCGAGGUGUCCGAGUUCCUCUUCGGCUCCGGGUUCGCCACCGCUGAGGGCGCUCUCUGGACGGUGAGACGUCGAUCGGUCGUACCAUCUCUACACAAAAGAUUUCUCUCAGUGAUGGUUGACAGAGUUUUUUGUAAAUGUGCUGAGAGAUUAGUGGAGAAGCUUGAGACAUCUGCUUUAAGUGGAAAACCUGUGAAUAUGGAAGCGAGGUUUUCUCAAAUGACUUUGGAUGUGAUUGGUUUGUCCUUGUUCAAUUACAAUUUUGAUUCCCUCACAUCAGAUAGUCCUGUUAUUGAUGCUGUUUACACUGCACUUAAGGAAGCAGAGGCUCGUUCUACAGAUCUUUUACCAUACUGGAAAAUUGAUUUGCUGUGCAAGAUCGUUCCUAGACAAAUAAAAGCAGAGAAGGCAGUUAACAUCAUAAGGAAUACAGUUGAGGAGCUGAUUACUAAGUGCAAGAAGAUUGUAGAUGCUGAAAACGAACAGAUUGAGGGUGAGGAAUAUGUAAAUGAGGCAGAUCCUAGCAUCCUGCGUUUCCUACUUGCUAGCCGCGAAGAGGUAACCAGUGUGCAGUUACGUGAUGAUCUACUCUCAAUGUUGGUUGCUGGUCAUGAAACAACAGGCUCUGUACUCACAUGGACUAUUUAUCUUCUCAGUAAGGAUCCAGCAGCGCUGAGGAGAGCUCAAGAUGAGGUUGAUCGUGUUCUACAAGGUAGACUCCCCAGAUUUGAAGAUGUAAAAGAGCUGAAGUACUUGAUGCGCUGUAUAAAUGAGUCUAUGCGGCUUUAUCCACACCCACCUGUGUUGUUACGGCGUGCAAUAGUUGAUGAUGUGCUUCCGGGAAACUAUAAAAUCAAGGCUGGUCAAGAUAUUAUGAUUUCAGUGUACAAUAUACACAGGUCGCCUGAGGUAUGGGACAGAGCUGAUGAAUUUAUUCCUGAGAGAUUUGAUUUAGAGGGACCAGUUCCAAAUGAGACAAACACUGAAUACAGAUUUAUCCCAUUCAGUGGAGGUCCUCGGAAAUGUGUUGGAGAUCAGUUUGCUCUUUUGGAAGCAAUCGUGGCACUUGCUAUUGUGUUGCAGAAGAUUGACAUUGAGCUUGUGCCAGAUCAAAAAAUCAACAUGACUACUGGGGCCACAAUUCACACCACCAAUGGCCUGUACAUGAAUGUAGGUCUGCGCAAAGUUGAGCGGGAACCUGAUUUGGCACUCAGUGAGUCCAGAUGAACGGAAAAUAGCUUCAAAGCAGAAACGCAAAAGAGAUACAUCGAUACAUGUUCGUAAAUAUGGGCGUACAGGUUGCGAGGAAGCUCGAAAGCGUGCAUAUAUUUCGUUUAUUGCCUAUCGAUAAUUCGCUAUGCGUUGUGUUUACAUAUGCCAGAGAAUCUGGUCAGCAACGACCGUUCUGUAGCGUAGGAAGCAGGUAUUUAUAGGC